AUGGAGGCCAGCGACGGAGAGAUCGAAGACGGACCUAUCGCACAACCCCUCCCACGAAGGCACUACUCGCGCUCACCACGCGGUCGCAGACAAGACUACCGCCGAGACUCACGGUCCCCACGCCGCAGGUCGCGUUAUGAAGAAGAUCUCGCUUCUCGGAGCAGUCGCGGUCGCGAUGGCCUGAGAGAUCCUUCACCAGGGCGAUCGGAACUGGGUUCCCAUGGAAGACGGACACCACCGCCAUCGACCCUGAAUGCUGCUGGUCGGCCUAAACGAGAACCGCGCUAUGGCGAACCCACCGUGCGUGAUGCAAACACAAAGUCAGAUCGAGAACGUCUUGCUCGUGAAGCAGAAGCGCGUGCUUAUAAAGAAAUGGUGAUGAAGAAGGCAGGAACAAAGGCAAGUUCACCUGCUGCGUCUCCCACCACCGCCAGUCAACAAGCAAAGCGUAGUCCUGCACAAGCGAGUCGUGGCGCUAGCUUUGAGAAGCCUGGGAGAAGUCCAUUGCCUGUUCAACAGCGUCCACGUUCACGGUCGCCAAUGCGCAGACAACGCCAUUUUUCACCACCGUCGCAUCGACGAGACAGGAGUUCACCGCCUCGACGAGAACGUAGUCCUCGAGCACGCUCGCCGCCUUAUGGAAGUCGACGUGACCGAUCUGCAGAUAUGAUGCGUAGCCGAUAUGAGCGGUCGCCUCGAUCAAGUUAUCGAGCACGAUCCCGUUCACGCUCGCCGAGACGUUGGGAGAGAAGCCCGCGUAGAAGACGACUGAGCCGGUCAAGAACACCACCCUCUAGACGUUCUCGAUCACCGCGACGGUCGAGGUCGCCGGAUGAUCGGGCAUUGCGACGACGUGGGUCACGCUCGCCUCAUCUUUCUCUAUCGCAGCGUACACAAGCGAGUACUGGGCCGACAAGACCUGCUGCUACGCCGCCUACACAAGCUCCUGCAUCCUCGACAGGACAUGUCAGACCACCGACGUCUGUUCCUACGCUUAUUACGAAACAGAGUACUUCUCCUGCCCGUCCUCUCUCGCAAUCCCUCUCAAGUCCUAUUCCACUCGGUCCAAAAGUCACCACUAACCAUGAUCGCAUCGUCCCUGCACCUCUUCGCAGAACAGGCAGUCUUUUGCACGGUAGUCAAGACGCAGUAUCCAUGUCUGCGCCGCGUGGUCCACGUUCUGCGAAUCUAUCACGCGAUGCGUCGUUUGCAUUGGCACCAACGAGUCCAGCACAUGCAUCAGUCCCAACGCCAGCAGUAGUAUCAGUAGCGGCGACUGCUGUGACUGCACCGACUCCAGAGACACUUGUUCGACGCAUGCCUAACUUGACAAAAGCCAUUGAUCAGGAACUAGCAGCGUUGCAAGAGGCGUAUACACAGCUCAUGUCACAAGAUGCUGCAAAACAGGCAGAGAAACGAAGUGCUGUGCGUGGAUGGGUGAGAACUGAGCAGGAAGCGAGAAGGGAGGCGUAUAAGAGUACACUUGCUGAGGAGAGUCUCGGUGGGUUCAUGGGAUCGCGCGUUGCUUUGUAG